AUGAGAACACAAGUUGUACGGGGACUGCCGGAGAGAAGAGUGCGCAGUGUGUCUCCCGCUCGUAAGCGAGUCGGUUGUUUAAGUGGCAUUACUGACCUGCAGUGAACUGUGAUCCCGCUUUAGUGAACAAUUUCAACUUUGACAACAUUUUUAAGUGCAUCAGUGAAGAUACAUGGAAUAUUUAUAUGCGUUUAGAGACUGAGUAUUGUUUUAAAAGUGUGUGAAGUGUAGCAUGCGAGAUAUGACAAGCAUGGCUUUAGUGGUGCAAGAGAGAGACCGUCCCUCGCCGAAAGUGUGGCAGCCGUGGUAUAUGGACGAAAGCGAGGGCGGAGGGAAGGAACUGCCAACACGAACGCACAGAGACCAAAGGACCAGGGAGCGCCUGGCCCUUGCUCGCCCCCCACACAGGACCACUCCCAGCCCCGAGCGCGGCUGCUCCAGCGACGACGAGAUCAACGUGGUGGACUCCCCGCCGCCGCCGCCCCACUACGCCGCAGCCUACUACCAGCACCUGGACGACGACGUCCCGCUCGACAUGACCACCAAGCGGCGCUCGCCUCCGCCCGCCCACUCGCCCCACCACGUCCCCACCUCCAACUCCCCCUCCCCACCUCCUUACCACCCCCGCCCCACCUACCUCCCUGCCCCCGCCCGCGCCCGACCCACGGUCAUCACCUGUGUCCCUCCGCGCUAUAUCUCGGCCCACGACCUCCCCCCAGCCGAGCCCGCCCACCUGCAGCACCACAGCCACAGGGACUUGCCGCCCGCGUACUCGGAGAGGCCGCUGCCGCCCCCAUACAGUGUGGCGACCGCCCACCUCAGCCAGCAGCGCGCCCUGAGUGCGCGAGAGGCCAGCCCUGCCCAUCCGCGCCCUCUGCCUCCGCCACGGCCCUCCAGUCCCGCCCACAGGGAUGCCUCUCGCCCAGAGGAGCCGCCUGCCGUUCGAAGACAAGUCGUUCAAGCCGGCCCGGUGGACCCUGAGAUCGACGAGCACUUCCGACGCAGUCUUGGGAAGGACUACCAGCAACUGUUUGCGGCCACGCCCCCAACACCUGCGCCGUCUACAGAUUCAGUCGACGACCACUUCGCCAAGGCCUUGGGGGAGACGUGGGUGAAGCUGCAAGCGGAGCGGCGAGACUCGACGGCCAGCAGCAGCAGCAACAGCAGCCUCACUGGGAGCAGUAGCACCUCGUCCGUCGGCGUAGGCGGCGGCGGGGCGGCGGCGAGUAGCAUGAGCCCCGCGCGAGCGUCCCCACCGCCCGCGCCGCGCCUUAUCUCAACGUGAGCAUCCUAUACGCGGCCGCAGCCUCCGAGGCGGCGACUUUCUACUUACUUUCUUGACUUUGGCUAGUUGGGUUUUUCUCCAUCUCUCCCCUGUCGCCGUGGGUGUGUCACGCCCGUCCUAAGGCCUCUCGGGAUCUGAGCGCGCCGCUGGACGCAGGACGCCGUGGAUCCAUGCCGCCAGAACGUACUUAUGACGUCAAGAACCCCGCAUCAGACGUCGCUACACCAUUCUGUCGUAACGCGUUUCUCAUGGUACCGACCGCACGCCGUCGUAACGUACACCAUCGCUCAGUCUUCGAUCUCCACGCCACUGCAUUGCGUUCCCUUCGCCCUGUUGCUUCCUCCCUCACCAUGCGCUCCUCACCUGCCGCCCACUGACGCAUUGUUACCCGCCCAUGAUGCGGGUCGGGCAGGGGAGUGUCAAGGACAGCGCGGCCGCCGCCCGCACCGACGCCGCUGGGGGGACUCGGCGCAGCAGGGGCCGGGGACGAUGCAGGCAUCCCGGGGGAAGGGGAGCGUCAUUGGCGGAAGUCUGCACCAGGAGUCGGUGAACUGCAAUUCAAAGGGCCUCUGUAUCUCACCCUCACUGGGGAGCUCCGUUGCAGCCUCUCUGCUCUGAGAGUUACACAUUGAUACACUUUUGUUAUUAAUGUUUUAAGAAUCUCCAGUAAAGUUGCUGUUAGGCUAUAGUGAUGAAAUGUUGUGACUUACUGCAUUUUGACAUUGAUUAUGUAUCUAUUGUAUAUAUAUGUAAACAUUUUGUACAUAUAUUAUGUAUAUAUUGCGGUGUAUAAAAUACCUGUGAUCAAAAUGCUAUUGUUGUUUGUUGAUAAUAUUUUGAUUAGGACAGAGCUGUUAUAGUUACUUUGGAUAGACGUUUUUAGUAGGUUUAUCGCUACAGUUUGGCCUGAGAAAGAGAAUUAUAUGCAAUCGUCUGCAGCUUCAAGGGCAUUAAGCGAACGGUUUCUUCGCAUUACGAAGCCAACGCAAAGGAGGCUUUUGACAUCAUUGAUGGUGAUGUCACAAUUCAUUACAUAGUGAGUUCUUGACUUUAUGAAACGUUGGAGCGUAAGAGGUACCUUCCAAAAAGUUCGAAAGAAUCUUAGACAUUUAUAUCAUACAUAAUUCAUGUUCUAAGCGGAAAAAAAUACAUUGUAACGGUAGUUAUUUGCAUUGUUUAUUCUCCUGAUUAGCCCUUUUUAGCAUACGUAACAAGUAUUAUUGAUAAAGGAUUAGCAGAUGAAUAUUGAUUGUCACUGAAGCUUUGUAUCCACAAUGACAGAUUUUGAUUAGAGUAGUCUUUCCAUCAUCAGUGAAUUGUUUGUCUUUGGAGAAUGAACAGGAAUCAUCCCAAGAAGGAUUCAGGGAUUUUAGGCCCAACUGCAGUGUCACAUUUACUCGGCUCUUUGGCCAACUGCUCUCAGUUUAUAUAUAUAUAUAUAUAUAUAUAUAUAUAUAUAUAUAUAUAUAUAUAUAUAUAUAUAUAUACAUAUACAUAUACAUAUACACAUAUAUAUAUAUAUACAUAUAUAUAUAUAUAUAUAUAUAUAUAUAUAUGUGUGUGUGUGUGUGUGUGUGUGUGUGUGUGUGUGUGUGUGUAUAUAUAUAUAUAUGAUCUCAUUUCUUAUGUACUCUUAAGUGCUUCUAAUGAUUUAAUACGUAUUUUAGAAGAGAAAGGCAGUUUUAUAAUACCAGUCCAGUAACCUUUCAUUAAGUAGUUGUACUACAUACAAACAACUUGCGUAAUAUGAUAACUAUUCCCAUAACAUACAGUAUUUUUCUUUCUUUCUGCAACGCCUAUAGUAAUAAUAUAUAAAUUCUGUAUUUUUAUAUAAACCACUUGAAACUUGAAACUUAGUUUGAUAUUUUGAAGAUUAUUCUUAUUGCUUGAUGUUCUUGAAACGUUGAUACAAGAAAUCAGGAAUUACAUAAUCAUUAUUUUCGCCACCACCCUUUUCACCACCCAUGUGUCGUCAUAACAUCUUGAAUGAGUAUUAGUUGCAGUGUUUUUCUGAAUGAUUAUUUACGACAUAUGUUUGUACCAGUGCUAAAAGUGUGUGUGUGUGUGUGUGUGUGCGUGAGUGCGUGCUUGCGUUCGUGUGUGUGAGUGUGGGGUAGCGUUUACCCAAACUUAAAGUUUUAUAUGUAUUUAUUUUUACUGGGUUUCCAGAGAUCCCUUUAUUUAAAACUCAUUAAGCCUUUUUACACAAACGCAUAGAUCAAUAUUUUUUCUACACCAUGUCAUUAAAUGUUGUCAUACAGUAGGCUGUCAUUUGUUUCCAGUAUGUAUCGCUACUCCAUAAAUAAAUUAUUUACUUUUUAA